AUGAGCAUGUAUGCAGACAUCAUGAGCAUGCAUGCAGUCAUCAUGAGCAUGUAUGCAGACAUCAUGAGCAUGCAUGCAGUCAUCAUGAGCAUGUAUGCAGUCAUCAUGAGCAUGUAUGCAGUCACCAUGAGUAUGUAUGCAGUCACCAUGAGUAUGUAUGCAGUCACCAUGAGUAUGUAUGCAGUCACCAUGAGUAUGUAUGCAGUCACCAUGAGUAUGUAUGCAGUCACCAUGAGUAUGUAUGCAGUCACCAUGAGUAUGUAUGCAGUCACCAUGAGUAUGUAUGCAGUCACCAUGAGUAUGUAUGCAGUCACCAUGAGUAUGUAUGCAGUCACCAUGAGUAUGUAUGCAGUCACCAUGAGUAUGUAUGCAGUCACCAUGAGUAUGUAUGCAGUCACCAUGAGUAUGUAUGCAGUCACCAUGAGUAUGUAUGCAGUCACCAUCAGUAUGUAUGCAGUCACCAUGAGUAUGUAUGCAGUCACCAUGAGUAUGUAUGCAGUCACCAUGAGUAGGUAUGCAGUCACCAUGAGUAUGUAUGCAGUCACCAUAAGUAUGUAUGCAGUCACCAUGAGUAUGUAUGCAGUCACCAUGAGUAUGUAUGCAGUCACCAUGAGUAUGUAUGCAGUCACCAUGAGUAUGUAUGCAGUCACCAUGAGUAUGUAUGCAGUCACCAUGAGUAUGUAUGCAGUCACCAUGAGUAUGUAUGCAGUCACCAUGAGUAUGUAUGCAGUCACCAUGAGUAUGUAUGCAGUCACCAUGAGUAUGUAUGCAGUCACUAUGAGUAUGUAUGCAGUCACCAUGAGUAUGUAUGCAAUCAUCAUGAGCAUGUAUGCAGUCAUCAUGAGUAUGUAUGCAGUCACCAUGAGUAUGUAUGCAGUCACCAUGAGCACGUAUGCAGUCACCAUGAGCAUGUAUGCAGUCACCAUGAGCAUGUAUGCAGUCAUCAUGAGCAUGUAUGCAGUCAUCAUGAGCAUGUAUGCAGUCAUCAUGAGCAUGCAUCCAGCCAUCACGAGCAUGUAUGCAGUCAUCAUGAGCAUGUAUGUAGUCAUCAUGAGCAUGCAUCCAGCCAUCACGAGCAUGUAUGCAGUCAUCAUGAGCAUGUAUGCAGUCAUCAUGAGGAUGUACGCAGUCAUCAUGAGCAU